CAGAAAACUCGCGACUUCUCAACGCACCGCGCUUCUUUGGUGGAAAGGUAGCUGCGAGAGGCGUCUUUUUACAAUUGACGAAACCACCACCCAGUUGCCAUCCAGCAAGCCCCCUUUCUCCACGACAGGUGUAGAUAAUCCCAAAAUGUCAAAACACUGGGAGCAAAACAAAGAUGCCACCGUCUACGUCGGCAACAUAGACGAGCGCUUUACCCAAGAGCUCCUCACAGAGCUCAUGACCCAAGUCGGCCCCGUCCGCCAGGUCCACAUGCCCCUCGACCGCGUCACCCGCAACCACCAAGGCUACGGCUUCAUCGAGUUCGAUACCCCCGAAUCCGCCGAGUACGCCGCCAAGUGUCUCAAUGGCGUCCGUGUUCACGGCAAGCCCCUCCGCGUCAACAAGGCGUCCGCCGACAAGCAAAAGACGGUCGACAUUGGCGCCGAGCUCUUUAUCAACAACCUCGACCCCCAAGUCGACGAAAAGAUCCUCUACGACACCUUCAGCACCUUCGGUCAGAUCCUCCGCCAGCCCAACAUUGUGCGCGACGACAACAACAUCUCCAAGGGGUACGGUUUCGUCAGCUUUGACUCGUUCGAGGCCUCCGACGCCGCGCUGGCGAACAUGAACGGGCAAUAUCUCUUGAGCAAGGCUAUCAGUGUAGACUAUGCGUACAAGAAGGACGGCAAGGGCGAGCGCCACGGUGAUGAGGCGGAAAGAAGACUGGCCGCCGAAGGCAAGAAGCACAACAUAGUGCCCGAGCAACAGGUUCUCCCGCCAGCCUUCCAUAUGAAUGCCCCCAUCGCCGCCACAACACCCGUCACACCAGUCGCCGCCGUCCCGCCCAUGAUCGACCCCUCCAUGGCCGCCAUUCCUCCACCAGUCGGCAUGGUGCCCCCAGUUGUCCCUCCCCUCGGGCCGGGAGGCAUGCCGCCAGUUCCAGUCGCGGCGUACGGCGGGCCCUUACCAACUGGACCAGCAGCCAUGGGCGGUCGCGGUGGUCCUCCCCCAAUUCCCUACGGCGGCGGUAUGCCACCAGCUAUGCCAAGCGGAGGCGGUGGUCGUAUGAGCAACCUCCCUCCCCCACCAUCUGGUCUCCCGGCGCGUCCACCCCCCAGCCAGGCCGGGUUUGGCGGUCCAGUGCCCUUCCACCCACCACCGGGGUUUGCUCCGUCCCCUCCUGUUGGUCCAGGUCAGCAAAUGUACCCCCCUCCUGUUGGCUUCAACGGCCCGCCUCCACCUCAGGGAUUCAUGCCACCACCGGGAGGUGCCCCCCCUCCGGGCUUUGGUGGUCCACCUCCUAAUGGCUACCCACGUCGAGGGUAGGACGAUCGAGUGUGGGGUGAUGGGAGGCCAGGAAAUGUAUCACCCUCCCGAUGACUGCAACGGUCCGGCUCCCUCGCAAGGGUGCAUGCCGCCACCGGGAGGUGCUCCGCCUCCUAGAUAUGGUGCUCCCCCUCCUGAUAAGUAGAAUCAUUGAGGGCAGAACCAUCGAGGCAGAACCAUCAUGGGCGAGAUCCCGGGGGGUAAAACUGUCAAUGAGAAUUUUGGGCGUUUAUUAUAUGGGAAUUGAACGAAAAAAAAACAGUAGAGAAAGGAACCGUGGUGAAGCCUUGAUACCCCGUUCACAUAAGUAGGUAGUGUAUUUUUAGGGAAGCAGAGAACAGUGUACAUAAUAUGAUGAGAAUACAUGAUGCAAGAACACGAAUGGUGAGGAUCUGGAACACAAGGUAGAAGGCAAUGGCGGUAGUGUCAGAUAAUUCUAUCGAUACAAACUACACUUCCUACAGCAACUAAAAAUUGACCCCCUUUUACCCUUUAGUGA